AUGGGAAAGCGAUUCACGCGUGGGGUCGACGCCUUGGGCGCGCCUCAGAAGAGACAAAAGAUUGUGCACGAGGCGCCAACAGCAGAGAACAUUUACGCCAGCCGCCAGUUGCGACACUUGCUCUCGUAUGACCAGGACUUGGCCCGGACAAGACAUGGCCUCCAGUCGUUCAAGCUCUUCCUCGAUGCUCUGCUCGCCAAGCAAGGCUGCCACGAGGAGCAUGUCAAGAUCCUCAAGGAUUACCUCGAUGCCGUCAGGCCAACCGAUGGCGUCGGCGUCAGCACCGGCGACGGUGAUGGCGACAGCGACAGGGCUGUCUACCUGCCUGACAUUAUGAAGACGUGGAGCCAGGCCGCCCAGACGAACAACGAAAACAUCAUGUCCGCCGUGGCCGUCAUCCUCGCGCUGCUCCUCAAGCUGCUCUCACACACGCUCGACAUGGCCCCCUGCGGUCUGGGCAUCUGCAGGACCCUGCUUCAAAAACGUCAGCUCGAGCUAAUUUCGCGCAACUUGUCGGCCGACAAGGGCAAGUCCUUCAUUAUCUCUCCCACCCUGCGCAUGCUAAGGGAGGUCGUUUGCUUUGAUGGCGGCGCCGUCGCCAGCCCCCUAUUCAGAGCCAGGGCCUCCACUCUCAAGUCGCUGGCCAGGAACAUGGGAAUCGGGCAUAUUGGCGAUGUUGCCGAGGACAUCAAGCGGCCCUCUGUGCGUACCAAUGCCGUCCAGUUCUUCCUGAGUGCCCUCAGGUACAUGCACCCCGAGGCCAAGAAGGAGCUGCUCUCCCAGAGAGACAUUGUUGCCGCUCUCACGAGGGACUUCAAGCAGGACUCUCCCUACCUAGUCUCCGAGAUUCUUGGCGGUCUGCGAAGCCACAUCUUGCUGGAUGAUAAGCUCGCGCGCGAGGCCAAGUCAAACCUGCUCAAUGUGUCGACUCUUGUCCGCAUUUCGUCGCUGUACCAGUACCGCCAGACCACACCGGAGGAAAGCGGCUCAACCUCGCCGUCAAUCCCCGACGUGUCGCAUGACUUCUUGAUGACGGCAUGUACCACCCCGUCCUGCGGCGUCUUGAGGCAAGACUCGGGCCUUUACCCUCGAGAAAUCGACCCGAAUGCCGUCAUCCCCGCCGCUGAGCUCGACGAGCUAGGACUCGAGGCCGUGGUGUGGAUGAACAGAUUCAAGACAGAGGUGCCGGUGCGGAAUUACGUCCUGUCAAACUUCCUACAGAACUUGCGGCCCUGGUCCAGUAUCCAGCAGAGCGAGCUCGUCACGGCCAUCUUCAGGGUGGCGCCCGAGCUGGUUGCCAACUUCUUCCUCAACAACAAGUCCUUUUCCUUUGAGCCAAAACUGUCGGCCACGUGGAUUGGCUACGCUGCGUUCCUCUUCAAUGCGGUAGCGAUGCCGCUGCCAGAGUGUUUCUGCCGCGCCCCCGUCUUUCCCGAGCUGCCUCCCCCAACCUCCCUUGUCCUCGACAACAUCCUACCUCUCCCCCUCAACCAAAAAGCUCUCGUGCGCUGCUUGGCACACAAGUCAAACAUAAUAUCUUUCUUUGCCACCAGGAUACUAGUGCUUGCCAUGCAAAAACUCGAUACAGCACUCAAACUCCACCAUGAUCUCUCUCAUCCGAGCCCCCUCCUGUGGCGUGAAGCUGCGCGCAGACUGGUAGAUGAAUUUUGCCAGAGAAGCCCCGGCAUCAAAGAUAUGAUCAACUCGUACCGGUUAAUCCCCGAGGACGACAUUCUGCACCGCGAGGCCGCAAGCCAGCUGCUACGACUGUGUUACGAAGUCAUUCCGCAGAUUGCCUUGACGGCCAAGUUUGAUGUCUCUCCGUUCUUGGAGACCGCCCUCGUACGGCUCUCCAAACAGGACGAGUCUGACGAUCCUCGGGACUUUGCUCUGAGUCUCAAGGAGCUGGAGAACCUGUUGGCCAUUGCUGGAUACUCUCCCGGCAUGCGCUGGUUUACAGCAUCGGAUUCUCUAGCCUUGUCUCCUUUUGCAAUGCUCUUGAAGGUAUACGUGGACGCUCCUCGCCGUGUCUCGUUGGACAAGGCACGUCAGGUACUGGGUUUUGUAUCAGUAGAACAUCAACUGGUGCCUGCACAUACGGGGCACCCGGGGUUGCUCCCUCUUCUGGAAACCCUACAAAGCCUGAACCGAUCGUCUCCUGGCUUGAUGGCUCAAGUAUGGCCCUUCCUCGACAACUGCCUGACGCGCUGCGCCACUUCUCCGAUCAAAUACCUUGAGAUAGCACAAGACUUGAUUCAAGAAGCCAACGCGCCUCCAGGCGAUGAUGACAGCCCCAGGGCUGGCAUAACUCUUGUUACUAUGGCCAUGCUUGAGCAGUUGCUGUUUGCUGCCGAAACAGAAAACAAGCUCACGCUUGGUGCUCUGGUCGAAUUUUUGCCCAGAUAUAUGGGCUUCUCGGCCGCAGGCGGAGAGGACCGACUGUUACUCGAUGCAAUAUACUCCAAAGUGUUGCCGCACUUGCCAAAAGGGAAAGGCACGCGUGCGCCAAAAGCUAUCCCCGACGGGGUGACUUUCGAGUACAACACGUGGCCGCUCAGCGAAGAACCCUCACAAAGCGUCACCAAGAUAACAGGCACCAUUGGAGACAAGACAUCCGAAGUAGUUGUUAUGAGUGCCGAGGACCUGCAGAGGGCACUCAGAGUGCCCGACGGCCUGGCCCCAGACAACCCGGCCUUGGUGAAGUGGACACAAAAGACGGCUGAUGAGCUUGUCGACGAAGGAUACGCCGUGUCCCUCAUGACUCUGUUUGUAUCGGAACACGCCAGCAUCAGAAAAGAGGCUCUCGUCAACAUCUUGAAGAUGGCAGCCAAAGUGCGGCAGUCCGAGUACGAGGAGAAGGAACAAAUAUGGCUCUUGCUUUCGGAACUUGCCGAGACUGCCAGGGAGUGCGUCGAGGAAGGCCCGCUGCCGAGCCCAACGGUGGCCUUUGCGUGCCAUGCCCUGGCGGUAUUGAGAGACCCCCUCUCGACACUGUACCCAAAGGUCAACCUCGUGCUAACGCGCGGGCCUGUUUGGAACUUGGACAAGGUGCCGUUGGCGGAUGAUAUCCUGCUCGAAGAGCCCUCGGUCGGCGACUCGUACUACAGCCAGAUCAACUGGCUCCUGUCAUACCUUGUCGACAGCCUGCGGACGCCGCAAGACCUGGAGCUUUUCCACAAGAAACGGCUCCGCGGUCCGCUACUAGAGCGCCUGUUGGUGCUAGCUAGCAACCCGUACAUGAGGCUGCCGCUCAAGACGCAGGUUCUCCGCGUGCUGUACAGGGCGACGGGGAUCGAGGGAGGUUCGACAACGCUCACGACUAGGUUCGGCGUCGUCAGCUGGCUCGAGGCGCAGAGCGCGCGCUGCACAGACCCGAGCGAGGCGGCCUUGUACAGAGCGAUGCUGGCGAGGGUCUGGGAGACGUGCGAUCAGGACAAGGUGUCUGCAUGGAGUAGGCACGGGGUCAAGGGUUCUUUCCCCCCCUCUUCCUAG